ACUACACAGGAAACGUUGUUUUAAGGGCGACUGUGAUGUCUUCACAUUUCUGCCAUUUAUAUAGAAUGUUACGCAAGUUACAAUGUCAAAGCGACAUGUCAGCUGUGGGAACAACUGCGGUUCUCGUACUAUCACUUCUGCAUUUUUGACACAGCUUAUUUUCCCGGAGAUACUUCAAAUCCCAUCAUGCCAAAUAUGACGCGGUCAUGACAGAGGUGUGCGAACAUACGUCGCAGCAGCAGGAGCAGGCAAGGACAAGCUUUUUUGGAGUACAAGAAGGAGGAGGGGAAGCAGCUCCUGCUUAUCACUGCGCAAUGGGACCCAUCCUGCAGGAACAAGCGUCAACUUCGCUCAAAAGGGUGACAGCUAAAGACAAAAUACGCAUGAAAAAUGCUGAAAAUGCGGGAGCUGUUAAUUCCAGCUCUAAGAAAGGCAGCAAGGUGAUACAGAACCAAAGGCCUCCAAAGAGGACAGGGACUUCUUUUAGAAAUGGCCAGGACAAGGAAUCUUUUCCAAAUACAGACAAAGGGUCGCAACAACAUUGUGGAAAUAGAGCUAAAGCUGAUCUUAGUCCUCUCACUGGCAACAGAAAAAUACCAAGACCACAGGCAGAGAGUGAUGUGAAGUCUCACCAGCCAAGGCGGACCCCGGCGUCCGGGCCUGAGGAGAGACGACUCACACAGGCUCAGCAGCAGCCUGCGUGCUGUGGCGAGGGGGACCGAAACCACACGGCCCCGGCCAAGAGUCGUCGUGAUCUGUCCCUGCCUCUGGCCCCCCAGACUGUGCUGCACCACAAGGCACUGCAGAAAUUGCAGCAGCAGCAGCAGCAGGUUCCUACCCUUGAGUCCCUGCACUUGUUCGAGUCCAAGGAGGACGAUACGGACAGCGCCAGUGAUUUAUCGGACUCGGAGAGGCUGCCAGUGUUGCCCUCGCCCUGCACGCCACCUCAGCUCAACCUGCGUGCGGAGGUCAUCAAUUCUGUCGACCUACUUCCUGACAUCCCGGGGCCCAGGACGGAGGUGGUGGAUCAUGACAGCGACCAACCCUACAGCUACCCAGACUUCCUGCCCCCGCCGUUUAACACUUGGAGCCUGAGACAGCUCGCCAUCUUCCUGAACACGGAGGGCAAGGGCGCUCCUCGGCCCAGACCAGUGGGCCAGCUGGAGAAGUACCUGGAGCGCCUGCUGCAGCUGGAAUGGCAUCAGGUGCAGACCGUCCAGACUGAGAGUGGACGGCAGGUAGCCCCAACUUUGCGCUCCAGGGGGAACGCUGGCGGUUCGUCCUCCUCCCCCAUGGGCUCCGGUCACCAGCGGCCCCACACGGCGCCCCCAACCCGCCUGAACUCCCCGAAGAGUCUCAGGCAGAACCAGCAGCGGGGCCUGCCCUUCGCCCUGCUCUCCUCCCUCCCCAGCCCCUCGUCUGCCCAGCUCUCUCGCCCCAUCUGCCCCUACUGCCACAUCCGCUACCCGCUCUGCAACGGGACCUGCUACUCGUAUGCCUACCACCGCCACUCCCGCCUCAGCCCCCUCCUGGAACGCAAGGCCCCCCCUUCCCCCACCCCGCUGCCCACGCCCCCUCUCUCCCAGAAGAGGAGCAGCAGCGAGAGUCGUGCCACCACGUCAGACAGCAAGCUGAAUGCCCGCGGGCCGAGGGACCCCGGCAGCCCCCAGACGGGCAAGAGCCACCUGAGGCACAUGCAGGCCACUGGCAACUUCCGCCGGCCAUCUCACGACGCCAGUGCCAACGGGAAGUCUGUGGCUGCUUCCAGCCGAAAAGGUCGCGGAGGGAAGGCUCUCGAGUUCGACAGGCAGAGGGAUAAUACCGCGACAAAAAGUGUUCAUGAGAAGUGCACUACCCCGACCAACAAACAGGAGAUGAGUCUUGGGAAAAGGUGCGAGAAGGACAGACAAGGUGGUGAGUCCAGAUGGGUCAAAUCAGGUGUUAGACGACCAGAGAAUUGUCCACCUUCGAAGAAGAUACCUGCGUCACGCUCCAGCGGGAAAUUGAAGAACGGUCAGUGUCUAAUAAAAUGAUCUCAUUUCUCAUAACUGCACAUGUGAAAGCCUUUAUGUAGUGCAUAAUAACAUUGGAUGUUUUCAUUUAUGAAUGUUGAUUAUAAGCUGCAUUAAGUGCACUAUUUACAGUUGUAACUGGUUACCAAAAUGUCAAGAUAUUUUUCCUGCCCUUAUAUAAGGAAAUAAGGAAACCAUAUUGAAUAAAGAAUGGUACUGUAUCAUUUUUG